AUGAACUCCUCUACUAACAUCUCUGUAGAUGACGGUUCCUAUGAGAAGCUUCUGUCUUACCUUAUGGGCCUGGAUCAGUAUCAGCUGGAGGAAUUCAAACUUUGCCUCCAGUCCCCACAGCUGCUGCCUGAGAACUUCCAGAAGAUCCCCUGGGCAGACUUGAAAGCUGUUAAUCCCACUAAUCUAUUGUGUCUGUUGAAUGAAUACUUUCCAGAAAGGCAGUUAUGGGAAGUGACCCUCAGCAUCUUCGAGAAAAUGAAUCUGACUUCAUUAUGUGAGGAAGUUAGAGCAAAGAUGAAUGAGAUUGCACAGGCGCAGGAACCUCAAGAUCCCAACCAAGAAGAACCAGGGAUGCCAGAGGAAGAAACAGUACACAGAAGAAGAUAUAGAGAGAGGAUGAAGGCUAAAAUAUUGGUGAUGUGGGACCAUAUCCCAUGGCCUGAAGACCACAUAUAUCUCCGCAAUGUGACAGAGCAGGAACAUGAAGAACUGAAGAGCCUCCUGUAUCCUAAUAGUAUUGGAGCCCAGCCCCAGACGAUAGUCUUGGAGGGUAGAGCAGGAGUUGGGAAGACCACCCUGGCAAUGAAGGUCAUGCUGCAUUGGGCAGAGGGCUUUCUCUUUCAGCACAGGUUCUCCUAUGUUUUUUAUAUCAGCUGCCAUAAAGUGGAAGAGAUGGAGGAUACCACCUUUGCAGACCUGCUUUCCCAAGACUGGCCUGAGUCUCAGGCCCCCAUUGAAGAGUUCAUGUGUCACCCUGAGAGGCUCCUGUUCAUCAUUGAUGGCUUUGAGGAAAUGGCCUUGCCUUCCAAGUGGGACGAUAGCCUGCCAUAUACAGACUGGUACCAGAAGCUCCCGGUGGCCAGAAUCCUACUCCACUUGUUGAAGAAAGAAUUGGUUCCCACAGCUACCUUACUGAUUACAACAAGAGACUAUAGAGAUGGAGAUCUUAAAAAGCUGUUAUUGAAUCCAUGGUUUGUACUAAUCUCAGGAUUCACAGAGGGAGACCGGGAGGAGUAUUUCAUCAGGUACUUUGGUGACCAAAACAAAGCCAAGAAAAUCUUACAUUGGAUAAGAAGAAAUGAAACUCUGUUUCAUUCCUGCUCUGCCCCUCUGGUGUGCUGGACUGUGUGUUCCUGCCUGAGGCGGCAGAUAGGGAGAAAUCCUCAUUUCCGACUGAGCACCCAGACCACCACCAGUCUGUAUGCCUAUUUUUUCUCCAGCUUGUUCACAACAGCAGAGGUGAAUUUGUCAGAUCAGAGCUGGCCAGAACAGUGGAGGGCCCUCUGCUCUCUGGCUGCAGAGGGGAUGUGGUUUUCGAACUUUACAUUUGCAAAAGAGGUCAUUGAACACCGGCGCUUGGAAGUACCUCUCAUUGAUUCUCUCUUCAGGUUGAAUAUUCUUCAAAAGGUCAGUGGCUGUGAGGAUUGCAUUACCUUCACUCACCAAAGUUUCCAGGUGUUUUUUGGGGCCAUGUUCUAUGUGCUCAGGGGAACAGAAGGAUCCUUUGGUGGUCCCACAAAGCAUCAAGAGAUGAGAGUACUACUGAAUGAUGCCUUCGCUGACACAAACUUCUAUUGGAAUCAGAUGGCUCUGUUUUUCUUUGGUCUUUUAAAAAGAGACAUAGCAAGAGAACUGGAAGAUACUUUGCAUUGUAAGAUGUCUCCCAGGAUAAUGGACGAAUUAUUAGAAUGGGCAGAAGAGUUAGAUAAGUUUGACCCUGUCUCCAUCCGGUUUGAAUUCCUACAGUUUUUUCAGUGCUUAUAUGAGACUCAGGAGGAAAACUUUGUAAGGCAGAUUUUGAAUCACCUCCUUGAAGCUGACCUCAACAUUUUUGGGCAUCUACAACUCCGAGUUUCUUCGUUUUGCCUAAAGCUCUGUCAAAGGUUGAGUAAACUAAGGCUAUCUGUCAGUGGUCCCAUCCCUCACACAGAAUUGACUUUUGACUUGGAAACUCUGGAGACAAGGCUUGUCGAUUCCAAGAUACGUCAGUGGCAAGGUAUUUGCUCUGUGUUUUGCAAUGGAAAUGUGAGAGAGCUGUACCUGAGUAACAGUGAGCUUAAUGCUUCAUCUAUGAAGAAACUCUGUUAUGAGCUGAGAAAUCCAAGGUGCAAACUCCAAAAACUGACGUGCAAAUCGAUAACUCCUGUGAGGAUUCUGAAGGAGCUUGUCCUUUUGCUUUACGGUAAUGACAAGCUGACCCAUCUCAACCUGAGCUCGAAUAACCUGGGAGUUACUGUGUCCUUGAUGAUUUUUAGAACCUUGAGGCACUCAGCCUGCAACCUCAAGUAUCUGUGCCUGGAGAAAUGCAACCUGUCAGCGGCCAGCUGUCAGAAUCUGGCCUUGCUUCUCACCAGCACUCAGAGAUUGACUCGACUGUGCCUGGGGUUCAAUCAGCUCCAAGAUGAUGGUGUGACGCUGCUGUGUUCUUCCCUGACUCACCCCGAGUGUGCGUUACAGAGAUUGGUGCUUUGGUUCUGCCAGCUCGGGGCACCCAGUUGCAGGCACUUGUCAGACGCUCUCCUCCAGAACAAGAGUUUGACGCACCUGAAUCUGAGGAAGAACAACCUGGGAGAUGAGGGAGUGAAGGUUCUGUGUGAGGCCCUGAGUCGUCCAGAUUGCAACCUGCAGAACCUGGAUUUGUCAGACUGUUCUUUCACAACGGAGAGCUGUGGGGAGCUUGCUAAUGCCCUCAAGCACAAUCAUAAUGUGCAAAUUUUGGAUAUUGGGAAAAAUGAUGUUCAGGAUGAUGGAGUGAAACGACUCUGUGAGGUUCUAAAACAUUCGAAUUGUGCCUUGAACACAGUUGGGUUGGAGAAAUGCAAUUUGACACCUGCUUGCUGCCAGCCUCUCUCCUCUGUUCUCAGAAGCUGUAAAAGCUUGGUUAAUCUGAACCUUCUCGGAAAUGACUUGGGGCCUGAUGGAGUCAACAUGCUCUGGAAGUCCUUGAAAAAAUCAACGUGCAAACUACGAAAACUCGGGUAA